UCUAGAUCUGUUUUUAGGGGCAACUUCACCCCCAAGCAUUAGCAUCACUUCAUAUGGCCACAGAUAGAACAAUGAGUUAUAAAAAAUAUUUAAUAUGGCCACACGACACUUCCGCCCCAGUAAAAUCGAACCAGUGAGGGGCCUCGGAAGCUACAGAGGCUAAUACUACCCGGGUCGUGGUAAACAACUUCAUUCUCUUCAGGGAUUCCAGGGGGACCAUGUCAACUCUGCCGUGUCCAUCGACCCAAUACCAUUUUCUUUCUGUUUGACUCAAAACACCAACAUCCUCUACCGACUCAGUUAACGCUAGUGAUGGUGAGCAUCUGCAGCGGCUAAAGGCAUGGCAGACAAUCUACGACAGAGGCCUCGAGCUCCAGAAUCAGAUGCUGGCAGAGCACAAGGGUUCGCGAGAUAAACAUAGAGGCAGUGCAAAGAGCAGAAGCCAUUAUCCCUUAUUUUCUCACUUUUAUUGGACCUGGCUUGCAGCCCGAAGCUGUUUUUUACUGGAUGAAGUGUGUAUAUUAUAGUGUAAGUGGUGUCAGCUAUUGAACGCAGUGACUGGACUUUUAAACUUACUCUUGUGAAUUCAGCCAGCUCAUCAACAAAACACAAUGGCAUCUGAUGACCACAAGGAGACAGAGAAUGAUCUGUCAGAACCCCUUCAAGCGGAUGAUGAGUUAUUGAGUCAGUAUGAGGAGGAGGACCCUGCUAGCACUAACUUCAAAUCCAAAAGUUUACCUGCUCUGAAUGACUCAGGCCAGCAAAGCAAGUCCUUGUUGGCCAAGUCUAUGCAGCAGCAGGUGUCAAUAACGGAGGAAAAGUGCGCUGAAUUAAUCCAACUCCCACAGAGGAUCAACCUGAACCAACCUCUACCUGAAUCCUCCACUAGGACUAAUGUUAACUAUUCCCCUUCCAGUUCUAGUGUGGUGGGGAUGAGUAGUUCAUUUAACACGGAGACACAGGUGAGCAAGCCCAGGAGUAAAAACCCAACGAGGCAAGGCUUCCUCACCUCGAGGUUACCCCUGAUGCGUUUACCCACUAGGAAAUACAUUAAUGCAAUUCUCGAAGACUCUCGCUGUUUUUUAUUUUGCAUGUGCUACCUGACAUUCAUCCAGUCACUGAUGGUGUCUGGCUACCUUAGCAGUGUCAUCACCACCAUAGAGAAGAGGUACAGCCUCCGGAGCUCUGAGUCCGGCCUGCUCGUCAGCUGCUUUGACAUAGGCAGUCUGCUGGUGGUGGUCUUCAUCAGUUACUUCGGAGGCCGAGGGCAGAGGCCCAGGUGGUUGGCAGUGGGUGCAGUGUUCAUAGCCGUCGGAGCAGCACUCUUCUCAUUGCCUCACUUCAUCUCCCCUCCGUACCAAAUCCUGGAGGUGAACUCGUCCCGGGGCAACGAGGGCCUGUGUAUGAACAACAACGGUAGUGGCAAGGACUUCCUGGAUGUGUCUUGUCCCAGAGACCAGGAGGGUAAUGAGCACAACCUGUACGUGGCCCUGUUCAUCAUUGCACAGAUACUGGUAGGCAUGGGGUCGACGCCCAUCUACACCCUGGGACCCACCUACCUGGACGACAACGUCAAGAAGGAGAAUGCCUCUCUUUAUCUAGCUGUCAUGUACGUGAUGGGAGCCCUGGGUCCGGCUGCUGGGUACCUGAUGGGAGGAGUUCUCAUCGGCUUCUACGUCGACCCCAAGACUAUCGUCAACAUCGAUCAGAGCGACCCUCGCUUCAUUGGCAACUGGUGGAGCGGCUUCCUGCUCUGUUCCAUUGCCAUGCUACUGGUCAUAUUCCCCAUGUUCGCCUUCCCCAAGAAGCUGCCUCCCAGAAACAAGAAGAAGAAGAAGAGGAAAAAGAUCACCCUGGACAACGUGUCCAGCGAUGAUGACAUCAGCAAGGAGAAGGCCGACAGCAAGAGUCAGAAGGUUACAUCAUCCAUGGGCUUCGGGAAAGACAUUAAAGAGCUGCCUAAGGCUGCAGUGAGGAUCCUGAGUAAUGUCACCUUCCUGUUUGUGAGCCUGUCCUACACUGCAGAGAGCGCCAUCGUCACCGCCUUCAUCACCUUCAUACCCAAGUUCAUCGAGUCACAGUUUGGCAUCCCGGCAUCCAGCGCUAGUAUCUACACAGGUGUGAUCAUCGUGCCCAGUGCUGGGGUGGGUAUUGUGCUGGGGGGCUACAUAAUUAAGAAGCUGAAGCUGGGAGCCAGAGAGUCAGCCAAGCUGGCCAUGAUCUGUAGUGGGGUAUCUCUUCUCUGCUUCUCUACUCUGUUCAUAGUGGGCUGUGAGAGCAUCAACCUAGGAGGCAUCAACAUACCAUACACCACUGGUCCUACUCUGACUAUGACCCAUCGUAACCUGACUGGAGGGUGUAAUGUGAACUGUGGCUGUAAGAUCCAUGAGUACGCUCCAGUCUGUGGCUCAGACGGAAUCACCUACUUCAACCCCUGCCUGGCAGGCUGCAGCAGUGUGGGCAACGACAGCACAGGAAUCAGGAACUACUCUGACUGUGCGUGUGUCCAGAGCAGGCAGGUCAUCACCCCCUCCUCUAACGGCCAAGUCAACCAGCUGCAGCUGGUCAUCGUCAAGACCUACCUGAACGAGAACGGCUACGCCGUGUCGGGGAAGUGUGACCGCACCUGCAGCACCCUCAUUCCCUUCCUCAUCUUCCUCUUCAUCGUCACACUCAUCACGGCCUGCGCUCAGCCCUCCGCCAUCAUUGUCACUCUUAGGUCCGUAGAAGAGCAGGAGAGACCCUUUGCACUCGGAAUGCAGUUUGUUCUCCUCAGGACCCUUGCCUACAUACCUACUCCCAUCUAUUUUGGGGCGGUGAUCGACACAACCUGUAUGCUGUGGCAGCAGGACUGUGGUGUCCACGGCUCCUGCUGGGAGUACGAUGUCACUUCCUUCCGCUUCGUCUACUUCGGCCUGGCCGCCAGCCUCAAGUUCAUUGGCUUCAUCUUCAUCUUUCUCACCUGGUACUCCAUCAAGUACAAGGAAGAGCGUCUGGAGCGCUGGCUGAAACACCUCUCACCCAUGGACACGGUGAGCGACCUCAUCUGCCACGCCGGGGGACACAAGGGACACGCCCGUACCCGCUCCUGUCCCGUUAAUAUACCACGCAACGAACCUCCCAUCAUCCCCGUCCUCAACAGGGGCCUCAGCAGCCAGAGCUGCCCGGGGAACAGCCUGAAGAGCCUGAAAGCAACAACCCCGCCGGCCCCUCGCCCUCCCGCUCGCUCUCUGGAACAGGUGUCUGCCCGCGUCUGAGGGCAACUCCUACCGCCCUGCCAUCCACAGUCUCUGCAAUGUCUGCCUUUCGUACUCUGGGUUCUCACUCGUAUGGUAUUAUAGGAUACGCUCACACACACACGCACAAGACGUCACUCAGACAGGCAGCGGUUGGUCAACAUGUAUACAGGAAGACACUGGUAUGGAUACCCCAGUUAGCAAAUCUUCCCUCUACCUAGUAUGUUGGUGUCCUUUUCUCUUUGGUUUGUUUCGGUCGUGGGAGAGAAUGCAUAUCAUCUCUUUAGAAAAGUGCACCUUCGAUACUUCUCGAGAAUGAUCGUAGUGAUGGUAUUGUUGCGUGGCGCUAGGUGAAAAUUACAUGAAUAAUAUCCUCCAUUGUUCAGUUUUAGUGUUCAUUCUAAGACCUCAGCAUGACGAGGUGACUGAGCUAAGCAGCUUGGCCAGCGAGCAUAAACUAAAUCCUCUACUAUGCAAGGUCGUUUUCUUUUCCCCUAUUAUUUAAUGGCAAGCUGUAUUAAAAGCACACAUUGAGCAUUGCCUUCCCUUUCCAUACAAUCUGGAAAUGUCAUUCAGUAUCGCCCCAGACCUGCGUGUAAUGAUGAGUGGUUGACUUGGAAAAUAUGUGUCUGGAUACGUUUGGAAUUGGAACCAUUUCUCCGUGGUUACCUCAUAAACAGGCCCACAAAUAUAUCCCUUGCCUUAGUUCUAUUUCAGACAACACUUGGGCUGCAUUCUAAAUGGUAUUCUAUUCUCUAUAUACAUGCAGUGCUAUACAUUUGACAAUGGCCGAUAGGUCUCUGGUCCAAAGUAGUGAACUACUUGGGGAAUAGGGUGCCAUUUGGGGCACAAGCUAAGUGCACUCAUGAUGACCCCCCUCAGUGUUUCUUCGUGUGCCAUGGGCUUUACAGAACGAAGGCAUCUUUUGCUUACCGAUCUCUUAUUAACAUGUCUUGUUUCAGACAAAAAUCCUAAUUGAAAUGUUUACGUCCCAAAUGGUACCUUAUUCCCUUUAUAGUGAACCACUUUUGACCAGGGCAAGAGUAGUGCGCUACAUAGGGAAUAAGGUGCCGUUUGGCACACAUACAAUGUUUUAACCAACCAGACUCCCUGCUGGCUCUGUGGUGGAGCAGAACCAGACCCCCUGCUGGCUCUGUGGUGGAGCAGAACCAGACCCCCUGCUGGCUCUGUGGUGGAGCAGAACCAGACCCCCUGCUGGCUCUGUGGUGGAGCAGAACCAGACCCGGUGCUGGCUCUGUGGUGGAGCAGAACCAGACCCCCUGCUGGCUCUGUGGUGGAGCAGAACCAGACCAGUGCUGCUUGUGCAAAGAGACUCUGCUGUGCUUCCCAUGAUUAGCUAAUCCACACAAACCAACCACUAUUUCACAUCCGUUAGUCAGUAGUUUAGUAAGUAGCCUCUGUCACCGUCUUUCACCUUACCUUGGAGCGAAGACUAGGAGUCUGGCCAGUAGUUUAGAUUAGUUUAUUAGGUCUGUAACUGGAUGCCUAGAUUAUUUGAUUUACCAACAGCAGGGCCACUUCUCCUAUGUAUUGUGUAACCGAUAAUAAUUAUUAUAAUGUCCAACUACUCACUAUGUCUACGAUAGAGCAUGUCCUACUGAACAACUGUCAAAGUGAUAUCAAUCAUGGCUGCUGAGGUUGUUUGUUUUGCCUUUUGGUGAAGUUUCUUUUGUAUUUGUAUUGUAUAUUUGUAUUAAUUCAAAGGAAAGCAGACUCAUUUCUUAAGCAGUGCUAAAUCAAGUUUAGGGCUGAUACAAGCUACCUCUAGCUUGUAUCACUAGCAACAAGAUCGUUGAAACAAGUAGUUAAUGGGUGUAACAUGCAAUAUUGAAGUACAUAUUGCUAUUGGUUUUACAGGGUGGUUGAGGACACCUGCUAGUCAGAUGUGGUAAGCAAUAUUGUAGAAAUACUCAAAUGAAGCUGAUGUGUUUCCCCAAGUGAAAUAACUAGACAAUUAUUUGGUGGAAUAAUCUUAAUUUUCAGUUUAUUUUAGCACUUAAAUAUUAGAAGAUUUGGGCAGGUGGAAUAGCACUGAGCCUGUAAACAACCAAUUUCACUACACCUAUCCGGUGUAUGUGACAAUAAAACGUUAUUUUUACUUCCAUGAUACAAUGUGGCUGUUGGUUUAGAGUUAAUAGCUUUAAAACUAUGGGAUAUUAUAACAUGUUACCGUUAGUAUGGAAAGGUACCAUAGCUCUUUAUAGUAAAAUGACUGACAUUGUGAGCUAGAAUACCAUUGUAAUGCAUCCAGUAGUAGUUGUGAUAGACAUAAUUGCCGCAUGUAAUACUGUUUCAGGACCAGACACUAUUAUUCAAUGGAAAUAAGUCACAUAACUCUUAGUCAGACAUUCCAUUUCACGUGAAAGAAAAAGUAGAAUACAUAAGAGUAAAUCAGGUGCAUAUUAAUCACAAUUCUAGCGAGACUACAUUUUGCGACAAGAAUUCUCCUAACUUUAGUGUUAUUGGAUCGGUUAGUGAAAGGCUACAGUAUUAUGUUUCUCAGUGCCUACUUUUCCUACUAAUUGAUUGGAGUUGAGAUGUUGCUGAUUCUGAAAUGCUCUUGACUUCAUGUAAUGGAACUCAAUGAUAAGGCUGACUUUGGACUGUGAAGAAUUUGACUCUAGGAUUUUUGGUUGACUUGCUGCCAUCAUUAGACCUUUUCAGCCGAUACUGUACCUAUAGUACCAGGAUGUUUGUUGCAGAAUUCUGGUACUCUUGUGAUCCUCACCGUCAAACCUACUGUUCCUCUGGAGAUAGGAGAGAGGAGCUCUCACUCUUACCGCCCCGUGUAGUGCUGUUUAUCAGUCUUUGUAUGUGGCAUAAAAUAAGGAUUUGACCUGGAUGUCACCAUAAGGACAAUUUCAGGUAGAUUUAUGUUCUUUUUUCUUUCUUUUUUUUUUUUGUUGCAGUAUUAUAUUUAUUUAAUUUCAAAUGACAGUGUUUUAAUUACAAGUUAAUGCCUAUGCUAUAUGGUUGACAUCAUAAGAAAGAAAAUGUACAUUGUUUGUGGACACACUGUUUACAAAUCCCUUCAAUACUUGACAUCUGUCAAUUAAAAUUCAGAAAAAUAAAUAUUGAAUUGAAUCGAGA